UAGUCUUGCUAGUCUAUCUGUCUAUUGUCAAUUGACUGACCAUCUGUAUAGUGUAAGUAGGCCUACUGCACGGCGAAUAGUCAUCGUGAAAGCACUUAAAUCUCCCCUCUCGUGAAAGACUCAUUGGCUAUUGAAGCAAAAUAGUUAAACGUCCAGCAACUACACACGCAGCAUACACUACAGGAAUAAGUCAUUUUGGCGUGGCCCUUACGGUCGAUGUGGUAAAGUUUACGGGGAAAGUGAUCGGAUGGACUGAGCUUGAUGUCAAUUGUCAGACCAACUUGUACCGUCAACAGAGAGCAGUGAAUUGAUCAAGGCAAAAUGGUUCUAAUAAUGAUGACGUCAUGCGUAGUGGUCGGAUUAAUCAUCAUGCACCUGCGCAGCAUCCGGGUCCCAAAGGGACUGUCAGAACCUGGGAAAUAUCGUCUACUGAUGGCAUCGUUGGUCAUACCCAAAUUUUUUGAAAAUCUAUAUGUACUCUAUCACCAAGGCAACAUUUUUGCCCGUGUCAGAGCCAGGCGAUUCAUCAUCGAAAACAUCGAGCCUAAACCACUGGAGAAUGUCAAGGGGUCAAACAUCAGGUCCAGGGUCACAUACUUUGAUGGGGUCAAAGUUCGUGUGUAUGAACCCAUCAAGAGGAAGGAAGGUCUGCAGCCGGGUGUUAUUUUCAUUCACGGCGGAGGCAUGGUAACGGGGUCACCUGAUUCCUAUGACGGUCUGACGCGAACAAUGGCAGAGCGACUCGACAUGUUCCUUGUUUCAAUCGACUAUCGGUUGGCCCCUGAGCAUCCUUUUCCCACCGGUUACUAUGACAAUCUGCGUGCCACCACGUGGUUCCUCAAGAACGCUCACACAUUCGGCGUUGACGCGCAACGGAUAGCCAUUUCCGGUGACAGCGCGGGUGGGAACUUCGCUGCCGGAGUCUCCCAAGCGAUCCACGAUGACGCCACCCUUCCCAACAUCAAGCUUCAAAUUCUUCUCUACCCUGGGCUCCAGCAGCUUGACUUUUACUCGCACUCCUACCAGAAGUACGAGGCGGAGUUCGGCGAUCAUGGUGCGUUGACGCGGGGGAGAGUUAGCGACUUCGUUGCGCUGUAUCUGCACGGGAAGAUCGACUCGACAAUGGUGCACCGAUCGGUGCUCCUGAACGAUCACGUCUCGCAGGAUCUGCUGGACACCUCGCCCGUCUUCAAGUACGUCGAUCGGGAUCUGAUCCCGAAGGAGAUGCGCGUUUCCGAGAAGCACGCCAAACAGCGGGAGGAGAUGGAGCGCCGAGCCGGGUCGGACGAAGUGUGGAACCACGUUCAGGAGUUCUAUCUCGAUCCGCGUUUCGCGCCGAUUGUCAGAGAUGACCUGAAAGGCUUACCUCAGGCAAUGAUAGUCACGUGCGGGUUCGAUUGUCUCAGAGACGAUGGGGUGCAUUACGCGAGGAGGCUGAGUGAUGCUGGGGUGAAAGUACACCACAAGGACUAUGAGUCGGCUUUUCAUGGUGUGAUAUGGGCAACCAAAAAUGUGCAAUUCGAAGUCGGGAAAGAAAUGCUUAGUGACGUCAUUGAUUUUAUCUCAAAACACGUAUAAAGUAUAUGAAGGAAUUAAUUUGUAGUCGAAUUACUGAAGAUCACAAUCAUGUGACUCAUAUACAGGCCUACUCACCGCGAUGCCAUUUGAGUGGUGACUGAAGGUGGAAUUGUUGAAUCACGAAGUCCCACCUCCCUCCUAGAAUUCAAUAACGCGUCGUAUAACACUCUGGAGCUGUUUCCUCCAAAUGUUUAAUUAUCGGGAGUUUCCGCUUUUACUCCGGAGAAACUCUUUGAAAAUGCAAUUGAAAUCACAAUAGAGAGCUGGGAGGCUUUCGUCGAAAGUUGGUGGACUGGGGCAGCACAUCAUCAGAAGAUUUGCCUUGAAAGAACAAUUGCAAAUAUGUCGUUGUCCAGAGUCAAGAGAUUCUGAU